UGUUUUAACUUCUUAUAAUGAAUCCUAUGAUAUAAGACAAACUGGUCAACCCCAUUCAGGUAAAUGACCAGCAAAGAAAUGGGAGGAGGAGGUCUAACCGAUCAGAGCCAAUGCCUUCCUCUUCACACACGGGCGCUACCGCAUCACACCAGCGCAAACCGAGUAUUUGCAGUUGUCUACUUGUGUGCCAUCUUAGCUCUGCUGUAUCAUCACUUCCUUGCUCUACUUCACACCACCACCGUAGUCUCCCUCCUCUUUCUUCUAGCUGAUGCAGUGCUGGCUUUCAUGUGGGCAACCGCACAGGCCUUUCGGAUGUGUCCAACCCAACGUCAGGUUUUCAUCGAACACCUUCAACAUGUUGCCAAGGAGAGUGAUUAUCCGGCACUGGAUGUGUUUAUCUGCACUGCUGAUCCAUACAAGGAGCCACCUAUAAGUGUGGUGAACACUGCUCUAUCUGUGAUGGCAUAUGAUUAUCCAACAGAGAAAUUGUCAGUAUAUGUAUCAGAUGAUGGAGGUUCGCAGCUGACCCUCUUUGCUUUCAUGGGGGCUGCUAGGUUUGCAACCCACUGGCUACCUUACUGCAGGAAGAACAAGAUUUUAGAGAGGUGUCCAGAGGCCUAUUUUGAAUCAAACCCCUCAUCGUGGUUCCCUGAGGCUGAUCAAAUUAAGCUGAUGUACGAGAACAUGAGAGUUAGGGUGGAGACUGCGGUUAAGAGUGGGAUAAUUAGCCAUGAUUAUAUCAAUAGCAAGCAGGAAUUGGAAGCUUUCAUCAGAUGGACUGAUGGAUUUACAUCUCAGAAUCAUCCUGCAGUGAUUCAGGUUUUGUUGGAGUGUGGUAAAGAUGAGGAUGUCAUGGGCCAUACGAUGCCCAACCUUGUUUACGUAUCCAGAGGGAAAAGCAUCAAUUUGCCCCACAAUUUCAAGGCUGGUGCUCUUAAUGCCCUGCUUCGUGUAUCAGCCACCAUGACUAAUGCACCAGUGAUCCUGACCCUAGAUAGCGACAUGUACUCCAAUGAUCCACAGACACCUCUUCGUGUGCUGUGUUAUCUCUUAGACCCCUCUAUGGAUCCAAAACUUGCGUAUGUUCAGUUUCCUCAGAUCUUCUAUGCGAUCAACAAGAAUGAUAUUUAUGGUGGUGAAGCCAGGCAUGUAUUUCAAACUCAUCCCACGGGAAUGGAUGUACUGAAAGGCCCUAUAUAUCUAGGUACAGGAGGUUUUUUCCGGCGAAAAGUCUUCUUUGGGGACCCAUCAGAAACCUUUGAAUUGAAGCAGGAUCACCUAGGGAGCAAGUCAAUCAAGUCCAGGGAAAUUUUAGCAUCGGCGCAUCAUGUUGCAGACUGCAAUUUUGAGAGCCAGAGCCAAUGGGGCACCAAGAUGGGCUUUAGGUAUGGAUCACUGGUUGAGGACAUGUACACUAGCUAUAUGCUUCAAUGUGAGGGAUGGAAGUCCAUUUUUUGCCAUCCCAAAAGGCCUGCAUUUCUCCCCCAGCUAGCCCUACUCAAACGUAAAAACCUGGAAGGCCUGUAUUUGCAGAUGUUGUUAGCUGGUUUUGUGAUGGUGAACUGCUGGCCAAUAUAUGAAGCCAUGGUCUUGAGAACUGAUAGAGGAAGGAUGGCCACCAGAACUACUAUUAUUUCCAUAUUCUUGGCUUGGGCUCUUUGCAUAAUUGUUUCUAUCUUGGACAAUCUCAUCCGUAUGAUACACAGCAAAGAAAUGGGAAGUUCAACUGAGAGCCAUGGCAGCACCAUCCAUGUCCCUCCUCUUCACACCUGUGUGCUUAAGAGUCGAACCACUGCAAACCGAUUAUUCGCCAUAGUCUACUCCUUUGCUAUCUUGUCUUUGCUGUAUCGCCACUGCAUUGCUCUACUCCACUCCUUCAGCAUAGUCUCCCUCCUCAUUCUUCUGGCUGAUGCAGUGCUGGCUUUCAUGUGGGCAACCUCACAGGCCUUUCGCAUGUGUCCUGUGGAACGUCGGGUUUUCAUCGAAAACCUUGAACAUUAUGCCAAGGAGAGUGAUUAUCCGAGGUUGGAUGUGUUUAUAUGCACUGCUGAUCCGUAUAAGGAGCCACCUAUGUGUGUGGUGAACACUGCUCUGUCUGUGAUGGCAUACGAUUAUCCGACAGAGAAGUUGUCGGUGUAUGUAUCGGAUGACGGAGGUUCGAAGCUGACCCUCUUUGCUUUCAUGGAGGCUGCUAGGUUUGCCACCCACUGGCUGCCUUACUGCAAGAAAAACAAGAUUGUAGAGAGGUGUCCCGAUGCAUAUUUUAAAUCCAAUAACUCAUGGUUUCCAGAGACUGAUCGGAUCAAGAUGAUGUAUGAGAAUAUGAGAGUUAGGGUGGAGAAUGUUGUCCAGGAAGGGACCAUUAGCCGUGAUUAUAUGACUAAUGAAGGAGAAAGUGAAGCUUUCAGCAGAUGGACAGAUGAAUUUACACCUCAGAAUCAUCCUCCAGUAGUCCAGGUUUUGUUGGAGUGUGGUAAAGAUGAGGAUGUCAUGGGCCAUACGAUGCCCAACCUUGUUUAUGUAUCCAGAGGGAAAGGCAUCAAUUUGCCCCAAAAUUUCAAGGCCGGUGCUCUUAAUGCCCUGCUUCGUGUAUCAGCCACCAUGACUAAUGCACCAGUAAUCCUGACCCUAGAUAGCGACAUGUACUCCAAUGAUCCACAGACACCUCUUCGUGCGCUGUGUUAUCUCUUAGACCCCUCUAUGGAUCCAAAACUUGCGUAUGUUCAGUUUCCUCAGAUCUUCUAUGGGAUCAACAAGAAUGAUAUUUAUGGUGGUGAAGCCAGGCAUACAUUUCAAAUUCAUCCCACGGGAAUGGAUGGACUGAAAGGCCCUAUAUAUCUAGGUACAGGAGGUUUUUUCCGGCGAAAAGUCUUCUUUGGGGACCCAUCAGAAACCUUUGAAUUGAAGCAGGAUCACCUAGGGAGCAAGUCAAUCAAGUCCAGGGUAAUUUUAGCAUCGGCGCAUCAUGUUGCAGACUGCAAUUUUGAGAGCCAGAGCCAGAGCCAAUGGGGCACCAAGAUGGGCUUUAGGUAUGGAUCACUGGUUGAGGACAUGUACACUAGCUAUAUGCUUCAAUGUGAGGGAUGGAAGUCCAUUUUUUGCCAUCCCAAAAGGCCUGCAUUUCUGGGAAAUUCACCCACCAACUUCCAUGACUUUCUGAAUCAAACCAGGCGAUGGUCAAUUGGCCUCCUUGAAGUGGCCUUCUGCAAAUAUAGCCCAAUCACAUAUGGCACCCGCACCAUAAACCUUCUCAGUGGCCUAUGUUUUGCUUACUAUUCCUUCUGGCCCAUUUGGUCAAUUCCCAUUACGAUCUAUGCCUUUCUCCCCCAGCUUGCUCUGCUUAACUAUGUCUCGAUCUUCCCAAAGAUGUCAGAUCCCUGGUUUUUUGUGUAUAUAUUCUGUUUUCUUGGAACCUAUGGGCAAGAUUAUCUCGAGUUAAUAUUAUCUGGGGGGACAACUCAAAGGUGGUGGAACAAUCAGAGAGUAUGGAUGAUGAGGGGGCUCUCGAGUUUCUCAAUUGGGUCGGUUGAAUACAUCCUCAAGUCCAUUGGCAUUUCCACAUUCGGAUUCAAUGUGACAAGCAAGGCGGUGGAAGAGGAACAAAGCAAGCGAUACAAGAAAGGGAUGUUUGAGUUUGGAGUCGCAUCACCCUUGUUCUUGCCACUAACAACAGCAGCAAUAAUCAACUUGGUCUCAUUCCUAUGGGGCAUUGCACAAAUCUUCAGGCAAGGAAGAAUUGAAGAUCUACUUCUGCAGAUUUUGUUAGUUGGUUUUGCAAUGGUGAACUGUUGGCCCAUAUAUGAAGCCAUGGUGUUGAGGGCUGAUGAAGCAAAGAUGCCAGUGAAGAUCACAUUGAUCUCAAUUGUCCUAGCAUGGGCUCUUUACUUGGCAUCUUCCAUAGCAUUUUAAGAUAUGGUGACUCUAAAUUUUCCCUCAGAUGUUGCUUUAAUCAUUUCCUAGGCACCAGAACGUAUGCUUAAAGAUCUUGUUUUAAGACCAAUAAUAGCUCGGUAAUUCAAAUAUCAAAACGAAAGUCAUUUAAUAAAUGAAGCUUUCUGUCA